GCGCGAACGCGCGGCGCCACUGUCCCGCGCUCCGCGAAUAUUUUCAAAUUAUUUUUUUAUUAUUUUUUUCCGAACUGUGCAAUGAAUUUUCAAAGUAAAGCCAAUAAAUAUGUGUGUCCGAACGAUCGGCAACUGUCAUUGAGAGCCAAAUUACGUACAGGAUGGAGUGCGGCACGCAGCGAGCCACCGCUGACAGCGAGCGAGAGAGAGGCCAUAGCUGCCGUCGUCAAACGAGCUGAGAAAAUUGAUGAAGUCGAGGCCAAGAGAGUCGGCAGACUAGUUGCGAGGCUUGAAAGUAUGCGCCGCUCAGCCCAAGGCCCCGCCCCCCGUACCUGCCUGCUCUGCGGGGAGACUGCUCGCCUCCUGGCUCCACUGAGGACCUGCUCCAUCUGCAGACAUACAGCGUGCUCCAAGUGUGUCAUUGAAAAUCUUCCACAUAGAUUACGUACAGGAUGGAGUGCGGCACGCAGCGAGCCACCGCUGACAGCGAGCGAGAGAGAGGCCAUAGCUGCCGUCGUCAAACGAGCUGAGAAAAUUGAUGAAGUCGAGGCCAAGAGAGUCGGCAGACUAGUUGCGAGGCUUGAAAGUAUGCGCCGCUCAGCCCAAGGCCCCGCCCCCCGUACCUGCCUGCUCUGCGGGGAGACUGCUCGCCUCCUGGCUCCACUGAGGACCUGCUCCAUCUGCAGACAUACAGCGUGCUCCAAGUGUGUCAUUGAAAAUCUUCCACAUAGAUCUCCAAUAUACUCCAGAGAAGCGUACAUGUGCAACUUGUGCGCGGAGACCAGGGAGAUGUGGAAGAAGUCAGGCGCUUGGUUCUUCAAGUCGGUCCCCAAGUACAUACUGCCUGACAGACGAACUACUGGACGGUAUCUGGACUCAGAGCUCGCGAGAUCUUUACAGGAAGCAGGGAACAGCAGUAACGAAGGCAAGACAGACUCGGAGCCAGGGUCUCCAAUGAGUGUCCACGCGCCCUCCUUCUCCAGGCAGGCCAGUAACACUGAUAGCAGGAAGUCCAUCACAUCUCCACAUGUAAGUACUGCUUGUAUGUGA